AUGACGAAGCUUGGGGUAAGUACCCCACUGGCUACACUGGUCUUAGCCAUUGGAGCUGUGGCGCUAGCUCUCACGGCUACCGCGCCUCGAGGCUGCGACGCUGCAGGUGGCGUGGUGAGGAGCAUCUUCGUGAACAAUAAGCAGCCUGCCGAUUUCAAGUCCGUCCAAGCCGCCAUCGACUCCAUCCCUUUGGGCAACAACCAGUGGAUCCGAAUCCAUGUCGCCGCCGGCGUUUACUACGAGAAGGUGUUGGUGCCCUUAAACAAGAGCUUCAUCCUGCUGGAGGGCGAGGGGAAGGACCAGACGUUCAUCGAAUGGGCCGACCACGCCGGCGGGGACACCGUCACCGCCAGCUCCCCGACCUUCACCUGCUAUCCCACCGACUUCAUGGCCCGCGACAUCAGCUUCAAGAACACGUACGACGGGGUGAGCAACAUGGCGCCUGCGGUGGCGGCGUUGGUGGCCGGAGACCGGUCUUCGUUCUACCGCUGCGGCUUCAUCAGCGUCCAGGACACGCUGAGCGACCUGUUCGGGAGGCACUACUACGAGAACUGCUACAUCGAAGGCUCCACGGACUUCAUCUUCGGCAACGGCCAAACCAUCUUCCAGGGGUGCGAGGUGUCGACGGGGAGGUCGUCGGUGACGCCGGGCUUCAUCACGGCCCACGGGCGGAACAGUGCACAAGACGGCACCGGGUUCGUGUUUAACGGGGGCAAGGUGAGCGGCGUCACGCCGGCGUACCUCGGCCGCGCUUGGCGUGCGUACGCCAGGGUCAUCUUCUACCAGACGGACAUGUCGGACGUGGUGGUCAGCCAGGGCUGGGACGCCUGGAACUACAAGGGCCAAGAGGGCUCGCUGACGAUGGUGGAAUCUGGAUGCACGGGGAAGGGGUCCAACACGACCGGGCGGGUGCCAUGGGAAAAGACGCUCAGCUCCCAGGAAAUCGCCAACUUCGUCAAUGUGUCAUACGUCUCCGCCGAUGGCUGGCUCGCCGCGCAGCCAAGAUAG